AUGAACAAUAAAAAAACCGGAGAAGACACUCCAGACACGUGUGGAGAUGAACCGCCCUGUCCAGCAACAUGCGCAUGUUCACGAUCUCCACCUGGGCGUGUUCGAGUGGCAUGCGCACGCGCAGCUCUCAGUGAUCUGCCUAGAGACCUUCCACUUACUACUUAUGCAUUGAUUAUGCCAGAUAACAAUUUAGGUCAGAUUAAAUCUGAUGGUCUGUUUGGAAGACUUCCAGAUCUUACUAAAUUGGAUUUGCGAAAUAAUGCUAUAGCAGUGAUAGAAGACAACGCGUUCGACGGAGCCGCCUCGAUACAAGAACUAUUGCUCGAUGGAAAUUUACUCCAAACCGUUACAGACAAAAUGUUCUUUGGAUUGCACAGCCUCACUACAUUAUCAUUAACGGAUAACAAGAUAAGCUGCAUCACUCCAGGGUCAUUCGAUCAUUUGAACUUGCUGACAACAUUAUCCCUAUCAAACAACCCCCUGCACUGCACAUGCCACAUCUCGUGGGUGUCGGCGUGGACGCGCGCGCGCCGCCUCGCCACCGGCGCCGCCUGCGCGCUGCCGCCCGCCCUCCGCGGCGCCGAACUGCACCAUCUAGAGCCCGCUGACUUUAAGUGUACACCGGAGGACAAGGGCUGCCUGCCGGCGGACUACUGCCCCGGCGGCUGCGCGUGCGCCGGCACGGUGGUGCGCUGCGCGCGCGCGCGCCUCGCCGCGCUGCCGCCGCGCAUACCGCCAUACACCACCGAGCUAUACUUAGAAUCCAAUGAAAUAACCAGUAUAUCGGCCGACCAAAUAAGGCAUCUCACUCAACUAUCUCGUCUCGACCUCUCGAAUAACAAGAUAAGCGUCCUCUCAAAUAACACUUUUGAAGGACUAACAAAGCUGUCUACACUCAUUGUGAGCUAUAACAGACUCAGAUGUGUACAGCGCGACGCUCUCAAAGGCUUGACGCAACUCCGCGUGCUGUCUCUGCACGGUAACAAUAUAUCAAUGCUGGCUGACGGAGUGUUCAGAGAUUUAGAAUCUAUAUCUCACGUCGCGCUGGGCUCGAACCCGCUGUACUGCGACUGCGCGGCGCGCUGGCUGUCGGAGUGGGUGAAGGUGGCGGGCGAGUACGUGGAGGCGGGCAUCGCGCGCUGCGCCGACCCGCCGCCCAUGCGGGACAAGCUCGUGCUCAGCACUAGCUCCAGUGCCUUCAUUUGUAAAGGCGACCCCCCACCGGACGUGAUAAGCAAGUGCGACCGCUGCUACCGCAACCCCUGCAGCAACCGCGGCACCUGCACGCCCUCCCCCAGCGGGGGCUUCGCCUGCGCCUGCGCGCGCGGCUUCCACGGCGACACCUGCCAGCACCAGAUAGACGCCUGCUACGGCUCGCCCUGCGCCCACGGCACCUGCCAGCUGCUGGAGGAGGGACGCUUCCACUGCUCGUGCCUGCCGGGCUACACCGGCGUGCGCUGCGAGGUCAACAUCGACGACUGCGCGGCGCACCGCUGCCAGAACAACGCCUCGUGCGUGGACCACCUCGAGGGAUACACGUGCAAAUGUGCCCCGGGCUUUAUGGGUGAAUUCUGCGAGAAGAAAAUACCGUAUUGCACAGCGGAGUUCAACCCGUGCGCUAACGGCGCGCUGUGCGUCGACCACACCAGCCACUACACGUGCACGUGCCCGCGCGGGUACUCCGGACAGAACUGCACCGUCAAUGCUGACGAUUGUAUCAACCAUAUGUGCCAGAACGGCGCGACGUGCGUGGACGGGCUGGACGAGUACCGCUGCGCGUGCGCCGGCGGGCACGCGGGCCGCUACUGCGAGGCGGCGCCGCACGCCGCGCUCGGCACCUCGCCCUGCGCGCACCACGACUGCGUGCACGGCGUCUGCUACCUGCCCGUCGCCGCCGCCGCGCAGGCGCUGCACGACGACAUUGUGAUGGACCGGCCGAUGCUGCCUCACGCCGACUACCUCUGCAAGUGCGCGCCCGGAUACUCGGGUCGCCUCUGCGAAUACCUUACAUCGCUCACAUUCAACUACAACGACUCGCUGGUGGAGCUAGAACCGCUGCGUACUGCGCCGCAGGCUAACGUCACUCUUGUAUUCAGUACAAAACAACUCCACGGAGUCCUUAUGUAUUUUGGGGACAAUGAGCAUCUAGCGGUAGAACUGUUCAACGGCAGGAUACGCAUCAGCUAUGAUGUUGGCAACUAUCCCACUUCCACUAUGUACAGUUUCGAAAUGGUAUCCGACGGCAACUACCACAAGGCGGAGUUGAUCGCCGUUAAAAAGAACUUUACUCUGCGCGUCGACGACGGACCCGCCAGAUCUAUCAUUAAUGAAGGCAGUAACGAGUACCUACGCCUGGAAAGGCCGAUGUUCGUGGGCGGCGUGCCGGCUGACGUCGCCAAGCAUGCUUUCAGUAAAUGGCAUCUACGGAAUAUUACUAGUUUUAAAGGAUGCCUGAAGGAGGCGUGGAUCAACCACAAGCGCGUGGACUUCGUGAACGCGCUGCGCGCGUCGCGCACGCGCGCCGGCUGCGGCGGCGACGAGCCCGCGCCCGCGCCCGCGCGCCACGCGCUGCAGGAGGACGGCGCGCACGACCCGGACCCGUGCGUGCCGAACCCGUGCGCGCGCGGCGGGCGCUGCGUGCGCGAGGCGGGCUCGCCCUCCGACUACACGUGCCGCUGCCGCGCGGGCACCGCCGGCGCGCAGUGCGAGCUGCGCGCCUCCGUCGGGGGAGCCCCCGUCAUCACCCAGUCCAAGCUGCCUCCGCGCAAGCAGAUCAUCAGCAACGUGCAAGCAUCGCCAGCGGCACCGGCACAUAAGCUGUAUCCAGACGAGUCCUUACAGUCCACUCCCGCUGCUCUCUGUCGCAAAGAAGCAACUCGUGAGUAUAUAACAGAGGGGUCGUGUCGCAGUCGUCGCCCCGUGCGCGGGGCCAAGUGCACACUAAGGGGCCCCGCCACGGGUGCCUCAGGCCCCGCACCAGGGGGUUCUCGGGACCACGACCCCUCGCCAGGGGAUCUCACAGGCCCCUCAACCCUCGCCGGUGCUUGCGCACGCAACAUGUGCUGCGCGCCGAGGAAGACUAAGAAGAGGAAGAUCCGCCUGGUCUGCUCGGACGGCACGCGAUACACCAAAGACAUUGAGAUAGUGCGCAAGUGCGCUUGCGGUAAGAAAUGCCCCAGAAACAGUACCUUCCUGCAC